GACGUUCGGCCCGGGAGAGUGCAGGAGACGGGGCUGGUCCCCAGGAGACUGCGGCCCGGGGGAGUGGGUGGGUAGAGGGUGUCCAGGGAGUAGGGUCGGGUCAGAGUGGACUGCACUGGGCCCGAGGGUCCGAGCCUGGAGCGGAGCCUGCACCCUCCGCCACUCGCCCUUUGGGAAGUAUCAGAACUGAGCCAAGAGGCAGGUGCACGGGGCAAAUGUGUCUGAGUCCUUUUUGACAGAAGAGAAACUGAGUCACCAGCUCAGGAGCCGCAGGGUCAGCGAGCCUGAAGGGGGCUGGGUCUGCCUGUGGUGUAGAGGGUUGGGUGGGCCUGUGUGAGCUGAGGUGGCCUCUGCCUGGAGAUUGGUUUCUCUUCUGUGUCCGCACCUUUUGGCUCAGUUCCCCUGUGCUCCAUGACUCUUGCAUCUCCUGGCUUCUCGUUGGUUCGGAAUUGUCCCUAUGGUUGGAGCCAUCUGAGUUUAGGGCCUAGCCAAGGAGGAAGAGGAGGGGUUGCUGACUGUGGAUCUGAAUAAGAGUCUGAGGUUUUGGGGAGAGUUUCUUGAGCUACCUUCACCCUAGUCCUGGUGCUAGUCAUCUUCCAGUGUAAUAUGGGAAAGGAACAGUAACAAAAGAGCCAUGGGUUGUAAAUUCCAUGCCCAUCUCUGCCAUUUGCUAUUUGUAAGACCUCGGGCAAUCUCUUCUUUAAUUUCUCUUUUAGAGAAAAGAUAGUAAUAAUGGCAGUCAUUUAUUUUGUGCUGUGUGUCAAGCACUGAUGUGUUCCACUUAAUUCUCCUGAUAAUUCUAGGGGUUAGGGAUCAUUAGCUCUGUUUUAUAGAUACAAAAACUGAAGCUCAGAGAAGACAUUAUUUUUCAUGAUCACACAGCUAGUAGGAGUCAGAGCCUGGAUUUCAUCCCAAGUCUGACCCAUGGCCUUAAUCAGUAGGCUAGCCAGCCUGUAGGGUACACUCUACAGUGAGAGACGAGGGAGGUAAAAAGUCCUAGGGCCCCAUCUUCCUCUUAUGUUUUAUUUAGUUUCUGGCCAGCAAAGACUUGCCAUGACCCAACCCAUAGCCUUUCCUCACCUGGUGCUGCUGCCUCUGAGCCCCAAACUGAAGGGGCACCAAAGAAGUGGGCUGUGACCAUUCCAAGCCUUCCUUACACAGCACUUGUUUCAGUUCACCAUCCAUCCAUCCAUCCUCAGUGAGCAACCACCCUUCUCAGAGCGGGACCUCAGGAUACAUGAGACAGGAUCUCUAAGCUCUACAGGCCUAGCUCCUCUGAGAGCUGGGCAGUGAGGGGCUAUGACUGAGGUUGGUUCAGUGAGUCCCUGGGAACAAGGACUGUGCAGUGGGGGAAACAGUAGGUCUGGAGGUCUGAAACUUUUCUGAGCCUCAGUUUCUUCAUCUGUUUAGAGGUUAUUAAAACCUCUCACAGGGAAAGGUAAGAACACAGGAGAAGCAUGAGAUAAAUAUUGAAGGAUCUGUUUUAGAGAAGGGAGAUGAUGUGAAACAGACUCCUUUUUAGAGGAAGGUGCUCCACAGCUGUUUAUCACUCCUGGAAUCAAAGCCUGGGAAAGUGGGUUGGGAAGGCAGCAGGAUAAUGCAGACUGGACAUUGGGGAGCCGGUUGACUGGGGCUUGUGGGGUGCAAGGGUCUUGGAAAGGUAGAAAAGCAGUUGGUGUUCUUCCCCAUUGCUCUCUGAGGAAUCUAGACCAAAGUAGGGAGUCUGGCUCAGGUGGGGCUCUGCCCCCAGUCCCACCUCAGCAGUGACUUGGUGUAUGUGCCUCUCUUCCUUCUGCAGCUGCUGCCGCUCACCCCGUGUCUUCUGGCCGCUUCCCUCUUUGCUGCCCCUCCCCAUAGGCUCCCCCUCUCCACCUCCUGGGGACCAUCAUGAAUGGUGCCCCUUCCCUGGAGGAUGGGGCCUUCCCCUCUCCUCCCCCCUUGCCACCACCCCCUCCCCCUAGUUGGCGGGAGUUCUGUGAGUCCCAUGCCCGGGCUGCUGCCCUGGAUUUUGCCCGACGUUUUCGCCUCUACCUGGCCUCCCACCCCCAAUAUGCCGGGCCCGGGGCUGAGGCUGCCUUCUCCCGCCGUUUUGCUGAGCUCUUCCUGCAGCAUUUUGAAGCUGAGGUGGCUCGGGCCUCUGGCUCCCUCUCACCACCCAUCCUGGCUCCUCUGAGUCCUGGUGUGGAGAUCCCACCACAUGACCUGUCCCUUGAGAGCUGCAGGGUGGGUGGGCCCCUGGCUGUGCUGGGCCCUUCUCGAUCAUCUGAGGACCUGGCUGGCCCCCUCCCUUCCUCGGUCUCUUCCUCUUCUACGACCUCCUCGAAGCCGAAGCUAAAGAAACGCUUCUCCCUCCGCUCAGUGGGUCGCUCUGUCCGAGGUUCAGUCCGUGGCAUCCUGCAGUGGCGGGGGACCGUUGACCCUCCCUCCCCAGCCGGGCCCCUAGAAACCUCAUCAGGCCCUCCAGUGUUAGGUGGAAACAGCAACUCCAACUCCUCAGGUGGGGCUACGACCAUUGGCAGGGGACUGGUUAGUGAUGGAACGUCCCCGGGGGACAGAUGGACUCACCGUUUUGAGAGGCUGAGACUCAGUCGGGGAGGAGGGACCUUGAAAGAUGGAGUAGGGAUGGUGCAGAGGGAAGAGCUGCUGAGUUUCAUGGGGGCUGAAGAGGCAGCCCCUGACCCAGCUGGAGUGGGCCGGGGAGGAGGGGCAGCUGGGCCUACUUCAGGGGGAGGAGGGCAGCCUCAGUGGCAGAAGUGUCGCUUACUGCUUCGAAGUGAAGGAGAAGGAGGAGGAGGAAGUCGUCUGGAGUUCUUUGUACCACCCAAGGCAUCUCGGCCUCGACUCAGCAUUCCCUGCUCUACCAUCACGGAUGUGCGGACAACAACGGCCCUGGAGAUGCCUGACCGGGAGAACACAUUUGUGGUUAAGGUGGAAGGCUCUUCGGAGUAUAUCCUGGAGACAGCUGAUGCUCUACAUGUAAAGGCCUGGGUGUCCGACAUCCAAGAAUGCCUGAGCCCGGGACCCUGCCCUGCUACCAGUCCCCAACCCAUGACCCUCCCUUUGGCUCCUGGGACCUCAUUUCUUACAAGGGAGAACACAGACAACCUGGAACUGCCCUGCCUGAAUCACUCAGAGAGUCUGCCCAGCCAGGAUCUACUGCUAGGUCCCAGCGAGAGCAACGACCGCCUGUCACAGGGGGCAUAUGGGGGCCUCUCAGACCGCCCUUCAGCAUCCAUCUCACCUAGUUCUGCCUCCAUUGCUGCCUCCCAUUUUGACUCAAUGGAACUGCUUCCCCCAGAGUUGCCACCCCGCAUCCCCAUUGAAGAGGGACCCACAGCAGGAACAGUUCAUCCUCUCUCGACCCCCUACCCACCCCUGGACACUCCAGAAACAGCCACAGGGUCAUUCCUGUUCCAGGGGGAGUCAGAGGGAGGUGAGGGGGACCAGCCCCUCUCAGGGUAUCCUUGGUUCCACGGGAUGCUCUCUCGACUCAAGGCUGCCCAGUUAGUACUGGCUGGAGGCACCGACUCCCAUGGUGUUUUCUUGGUACGUCAGAGUGAGACAAGGCGGGGCGAAUACGUCCUCACUUUCAACUUCCAGGGCAAGGCCAAGCACCUGCGUUUGUCGCUGAAUGAGGAGGGUCAGUGCCGGGUCCAGCACCUGUGGUUCCAGUCCAUUUUUGAUAUGCUCAAGCAUUUCCGGGUGCACCCCAUCCCUCUGGAGUCUGGAGGCCCCAGUGAUGUUGUCCUUGGCAGCUAUGUUGUGUCCUCCCAGCGACAGCAGGAACCGAGCACCUCCCACGACCCACCCCCGCCCCCUGAACCCCCUUCGUGGACAGAUCCCCCACAUCCUGGGGCAGAAGAGGCGUCGGGGGCGCCAGAAGUGGCGGCAGCAGCAGCCACAGCAGCCAAAGAGAGGCAAGAGAAAGAGAAAGUGGGCAGUGGAGGGAUCCAGGAAGAGCUGGUCCCCAUGGUUGAGCUGGUCCCCGUGGUUGAAUUGGAAGAGGCCAUAACACCAGGCAUGGAGGUCCAGGGAGGCCCUGGAUCUGGUGGGGUCCCUGAGGCAACACCGAUGGUGCAGCUCCAGCAGUUACCACUAGGGGGCGAUGGAGAAGAAGGGGGUCAUCCCAGAGCCAUUAAUAACCAGUACUCCUUUGUGUGAGACACCCUACCCCAACCCUUUCUCCACUUUCUUGCUCCCCAGCCCUCAGUUCCUGAGACUGGGGCUGGGCAGGGACAUAGAGGAGCGGUAGGAAUCCCCUCCCCAUAUGCUUCCUUACCCUUGAUGGCCAAGGGCAUAUAUGUUGGUACAAGAAGAGGUUCAAUAGCCCUGUUAACUCCCCAGUUCAUACACUACAGGUGCCCUGUCCCCUGGGGAGGGUAUUUGGGCUCCAUUACCUCUCCAAGGGGCUCUUUGGUCAGCCCCACCCCUGGGGGCCAUUUCCCCAUUAACUACCCCCCAGCCCAAGGAGGGGUGAGGGGGAAGGGCUGUCAGUUAAUAUUAAGGUGGUUGUUGUUGUUGUUUUAAACAAAAUGGAGAAGCAUAAAUAAAUAAAAGGGUUUAUCUCAGUUCA